AUGCUCCUCAUYCCACUGCCUGCCUGGCUGGCCCUGGGCAUCCUGCAGCUGCCCCUCAGCAGCUCUCAGGAAUGCCUGAACAGGCAGCAGGCACUCAGCGUGGUGCGGCAGAUGCAGAAGCUGCUGGUGGCACAGGAGGCUGCCCAUCUGCGAGGCAUGCGUGGGCUCCGGCACCAGCUUUCCCUCCUCCAGAGCCGCCUCCAGAGACCAGCCACCAAACGCAAUGAGACCUGUCCGCAGCUGGCAGUGCCCCUGAACGGACGGAUGCUGGGCCGGAGCCUGCGCGUGGGCCACGAGGUUCACUUUGUGUGCGACGCCGGCUUCCGGCUGCUGGGCUCGGAGACACGCGCCUGCCGGCACAACCGCACGUGGAGCGGCACCCAGCCCUUCUGCAGAAGUAUGGAUGACUGCUCCAGCAACCCGUGUGCCAACAGUGGGACCUGUGUGGAUGGCAACCAGAGCUACACAUGCCUCUGCCCUCCAGGCUGGUCAGGCCCCAGCUGCCAGAGCCCCAUCUACUCCUACUGGGUGACACUGAGCAACACCUCCUUCAGCCGCCAGCCCCGCUGUGCCGAGGGCCGCUCCGGCUCCCGGCGUUGCAGCUGUGACACCGGCUUCCAGCUGCGAGCUGGUGGUGUCUGCCAAGAUGUGGAUGAAUGCCAGCUCUACCAGUCCAGCCCCCAGACGCGGAUUUGCCUCCACGACUGCCUCAACCUUCCYGGCUCCUAUCGCUGCCUCUGCCCCCCUGGCUACCUGCUCCACGCUGACCGCAAUGCCUGCGAGGAUGUGAAUGAGUGUGCUGGGAAGCAGCACAACUGCACCCAGGGUGACCUCUGCAUCAACACUUUUGGGGGCCACCGCUGUGUGCACCCCAAGUGCCCCCCACCACGCCACAACACCAGCUAUAUCAAGACUUCUGCUUUCCAGUGCGAGAGGAACCCCUGCCCCAUGGACAGCCGAGCCUGCCAGCUGGCUGCCAACUCCAUCUCCUUCCACUACCUGCCGCUCCAGGCCAACCGCACCGUGCCCCGUGUCCUCUUCAAGAUGUCCACCACCCGCUUCCUGGGUGACAGCCUGCGCUUCACCAUCACGGGCGGCCGGGGCCAGGGCGUCUUCGCCGUGCGGCGCUCGGACCGGCAGACGGGAGAGCUGCUGCUCACCAGCCCUGUGGCAGGGCCAGCCACGUUGGAGGUGGAGCUGGAGAUGAGCGAGUUCUCCCACAAAGUCCUCCUGGGCAAGCACAUCUUCAAGGUCACAGCUUUUGUGUCUCCGUAUGUGUUUUGA